GCUUGAAUUAAAAAUUUGAUAACGAUGAUAAAAUACAGGAAUUCGGGGUAGGAACUGAGAAUUGAGGGGCUCGGUAUCUGCUUGUGUCGAUGAUCUUUCGAUCGAUUUUCACGUGGAUUUGUGUUCAUCAGUGUUAGCCUUGUCGGCUGACUCGAUCUGGCGAUGCGCUUAUGCAGCGAGGUCUAAGUCGCCGGAUUGAUGAACGACGAGAAUCUGCAAUCAUAACACCUUCGGGGGAUUCUGCCCUUGUGUUAUGUCUGUAUAAAAGGUAUCGUACUAGAGAUUGAUGUCAAUUCAUGGGGUAGAUCUUCUGCUUAACCUGACCUCGCUCCUCUGUAAGUUACGAUGAGUUAUUUUGAUAAGAAGGUCCAGUCUGUUCAAUUCCACUGUUCAAUUGCAGGCAUAUGCAGACCCAGUUGCUCGACACUUAGUUGCUCAAUCAGGCCCAGUUUAUCAAGUCUAGUGUCGAUCGCCGUCAGUUAGCUUUUAUCACAAUACCUCGGUCAUUACUUCAUCGUGAUUGAGAGCUUUUUUCUUCCCGCAGUAUGACUUCUGGAUUACUUUGAUCAUAAAGCUCAGCGGUUUUCAGCUCCUCAGUUGUCUAUAGUUACAAACCGCCACGGGCAGUGACCUUCGUCUUUGGCUGGCCGGGUGCAAAAAAUGGCUUCUCUAAAUGAGAGCGCAUUACUUUCCGGAUCAUGGAGGCGUUGCGUCGCACUUUUGCUAUCUUUGUCGCUAUUGAUGAUGGGCUCAACUCAAGCUAGCAGGAAAUUACAAACAGCUCAACCACAACUGCGACUCCAGGCGUACGGGGACAAUACCGACACGCCUAUGCACGCUCCUCCAGCUCAAUCUUACUUGGUUUCAGACGGUAGCUGGGUAGAUUGCGUUCCCAUUGAAGGGCAAAUUGCGGCCCACCACCCUAGCCUCAAAGUUCAUAUUAUCAAGCUGAGGCCAUCGGUACUUCCCAAUAUUCGCUCUUCAUUGAGGGCGGAAUUGCAUCCACAAUUGUUUGCUCGGGAGUAUGGUGGGUGCCCAGACGGACACAUUCCCGUUCAACGAAUAGACCCCAACCGCCCCUACAUGCAAAAAGAUCGUCCCCCUCAAGCCCCUGAAGCGUCUCCAGCUGCUGCUGGAAUCCAUGAGUAUGCAAUAACAAAUAUGCCGAAUAUUCCCGGAGCUUACAUAGGAACUGCGGCUUUCCUCAGUGUAAAUGACCCCUACGUCGCAAAUACCUCGGAGUUCAGCCUGUCUCAGUUCUGGGUUACCGCCGGGUCCUACACUGACAAGAGCCUGUGCACAAUCGAAGUUGGCUGGCAAAAGUAUCCCCAGAGACACAAGGGUGACGCGGACUACGCUCCUCACCUUUUCGUGUUCUGGACUGCAGACGCUUACCAAAAGUUAAGCUGCUAUGACUUGCAAUGCCCCGGCUUUGUCCAUGUCGACCAGUCGUGGGUCAUCGGAGGCGCCAUGCCGUCGUACAGCACUUUGAAAGAAUUACAAAAUGGGAUAACUUCCGAAGUUGCUAUUCGAGUGCUGUACGACACAAAUGAUCGUGUCUGGUGGUUAUAUCUCGACGACGUGCCGAUUGGGUACUGGCCAGCGUCGAUAUUUGGCAGUAAGUAUUUGCAAGGGACCGCAGCGAAGGUAGAGUGGGGAGGCGAGGUCUACAUCGAAAAGUGGAACAAUACGGCUCACUCGAAGACUGCGAUGGGGAGUGGUUUGUUUCCCACCGCGGGCUACCCAACAUCAGCAUACUUCAGAAACAUCACGUACGCAUAUGCUAAGUCUGGAUUUACAGACCUGGAUGCCAAUGUUACGUUUUUGAAAGGAGCUAUGUUCCGGGACGAUCCCAAUUGCUAUAAUAUAGCGGUUCAACAGAAAAAUUACUCGAAUUGGGGGUCUUAUUUUUUUUUCGGAGGAAGUGGAGGAAGCAACCCUGCUUGUAAGGUCAAGCCAUAAAUUCGCUGAAAGCAUGAAUAAGAUCGUCAACACCAGCGGUUGAAUGUGGUGGAUCUAAUAUUGUGUUCAUGGAUGAUGACUGUUUGCACUACGCUAGAACCUAAACGUAGGCAAGGAAUAAAACAUUGCGUGUGAAACCGCAAAAUUCGUACUCAUGAGAGUUAAAUCAACGUCACUGCCUCUUCUUGCGGUGAUGAAACCAAUAGAUGAUAUUUUUGACUCCUGUAAAAAGAGCAUGAGUAAAAAUAGUACCUUGCUCAUAGUUGUAAUCACUUUCGUUUCAUAUUCAAAUAAUUACUGUGUAAUAAAGUGCGUCUCACACACGAGUGGCUGUGCGACAAAUUGUUUCCUUGA